AUGUCUGUAACGUCAAUGUCUACAUUGUCUAAAAUGUCUCGAGAAGUUGAAGAAAACAUUUCUAAAGAUCCUAUUUCCAUUGUGGACCAAUCCAAACCUGAUUUUUCCAUGUCAGAGAAAGAUAAAAAAGAUAAAGAACCCAAAGAAAACGAAGAAAACGACAAUUUGUCAAUAACAAUUGAAGAAAUUUCAAAUAUGCUUUCUGUCAAUUCGAUCACUGCCAUAAGUGGAAUGUCUCGACAAAAACAUUACAAAACUUCACCAUUACUUGUAAAAGAUAAAGUAGCAACUCAAGAAGAAAGGAGACUGAGAGCUUUAGAAGAUCAAAAAAAGCGAAGACGUGAUCUUACUAUGCAUGCAAGAAAUCUUGCACUCUAUAAACCAACAGAAGUAUUUUCUGAUGAAGAAUCAGAGAUAGACGAAGAGAAUGAUUUAGAAUCUAAUAAGCAAGCUCAAUUAAAGACGAAACGUCGACUUGAAUUAGAAGAAGAAGACAUUGAAUUUAUUCCUAAAAAAGCACGACAUAAAGGCAGAUUUAGAGGAAAUAAACAAAAAUGUAAAUCAAGAAACCCAUAUAGGAAUCAGAUAAUGUUUGCUGAAUGGAUGCAUGAAAUACCUGGUGAUUUAGAGGAAAAUUGGUACGUGGUUUUAUGUCCAAUUGGAAAACGAUGUCUUGUGGUAUCAGCAAAAGGCAAAACGAUUUGUCGAUUACGCAAUGGAUAUGUAAUGAACGUUUUUGAGUCGAUUUUACCCGCAGGUUCCAAUAAUUACUCGGGAAAUAAAAAUUCCGAUUUUUGUAUAUUAGAUUGUAUCUAUGAUCAAAAAACAUUUACAUAUUAUGUAUUAGACAUGAUGUGCUGGAAAGGACAUCCCAUUUAUGAUUGUGAGACGGAAUUCAGAUUUUAUUGGUUGACAACGAAACUUGCAGAGAUUGAUACACCAACUCAGGAUAUUUCAACUUAUUCAUUUAUUCCUCUUACAACUUAUCUUGCUAAUUAUAAAAAUCUCAAAUUUUUAAUCUCUGAUCCUCAUCGUUUUGGAUAUCGACCUGAUGGAUUAUUAUUUUUCAAUAAAUACACUCAAUAUGUUUUUGGAGAAACACCACUUUGUGGUUGGGUUGGCAUUGAAAAAGUUGAUGAGAUUUUUUCUACAUUUCUUCAAGAACAAAUAAUUCCUUUAAUAGAAAAUUAA